GUACAUAUUCUACACCAACAAUCACAUUCACAAUCACAUUCAAAUUCAGAUUCAGAUUGCAUCAAUCCAAUCAAUUAAAAUCACGACCCAUACAACCACAAACAACAGACUGCAUACGCAGGUAGCGACAGAUCAAAGUCUCGUAUUAAUCUCUCUCUGCCAUGGCAGAUCGCACAGUGUUCGAUCCUCCUCCGAGGCAAAGUACUUCUUCACCUAGUAAUAACAAUCCUGCGAGCAUCGCUCAUCGUUCUAGUUUUGCGGAAAAUCUCCGACAGUCACCAAGAGCUCAUAGGCAUCCAUCCUUCACACAGGCUGCAGUUCAAGAGUUGCUGAACCACCCUCCAGCUCAAAAGGGCGGAGAUCCAAAAUUCGCGGGAAGGGAUUGGAGACAAAUUCACGUUGGGGAAUUGGUACAGGAAUCUGAUAUUCAUUGGUGUGAACUUGAUACAGAUGUUGAACAUGCGACAAAGGCGCUGAUAGAGUCCGGUCCUCCAAAUGUCAUUCUCAUCCGCGAAACUCCAAAUGAUUUGACUGCGUGCGACAGCUUCGAUUACAACGACCUCAAUGCAUACCUCCUCGUCGUCCUUGGACUAGCAAGCCCCGAUGAAGCACAGACGGACACAUAUUCGCAAUUAGCAAGCAAAGCUCGGGAACACGCACCUAUCCCACUUCGAGAUGUGAUAACACUUGCCAAAAAAGAACCUCUUACAACCCUCUCUCAAUCAGAAGACCUUUCGAAAGCCGUCGAAAUAUUUGGCAGUGGUGUACAUCGUAUCCUUGUUUGCAAACCAGGCACUACAACAGUUGUGGGAAUCUUGAGUCAAUUGAAAUUGGUUAAAUUCUUGUGGGAUAAUGGUAGCAGUUUUCCAGCCAUCGAUCAGUUAUACCCAACUAUUUUGAGGGAUUUGAACAUUGGAACACAGCACGCUAUCGCAAUCAAUGGUGACAAACUUCUCACGGAUGCUCUUCAGCUCAUGAGCAAUGAAGGAUUGACCAGUAUUGCAGUGGUUGACAAUGCUGCAAAUGUUGUUGGUAACAUAUCAACCGCUGAUACUAAACUUCUUACACAUACAAGUAGUCUACCUCUCCUCCAAUCCUCUUGCAUACACUUCAUCUCUGUCAUACUGAGCGAAAGAGGGAUUGGUGAUGGAAAGGAUUCAUUCCCAGUCUUCCAUGUCAACCCAUAUUCAACUCUCGCCCAUACAGUAGCAAAACUAGUCGCGACCAGAUCUCAUCGUAUGUGGGUCGUCGAAUCCGCGUCUCCAUCUCCAUCGGCUCCUGCGACCCCAUCCCUCGCACAUGCCUCCGUUGUUCAACAACCAAGCGGCAGUGGUUCCGUACCACCUUCUCCUUCAUUCCCCGCUGUAUCCGCCGCAGCUUUACCCGGCGCACGUAUCUCAGGUCGUUUGACAGGAGUCAUUACUCUAUCCGAUAUUCUCAAUCUUUUCGCUCGUACAUCAGGUCUCAAUCCCUUGAAUCCAAAUGAAUCUCGAGCGAGAAGAAGAAGGAGCUCAAGUGCUUCGUUAAGACCGAGUAUGGAUUCAUCAAGAGGAGAUUAUCUGGAUACAAUACGAGGCGAGCGUGGAUCAAGCGUAGAUAAUAGAAAAUGAGGGAUUAUGUGACGGAAAGCAUGCGAGGUUGAUUUUUCAAUAUGAAGAAAGCGAGAAUAGAAAUAUCCACUUCAAUAGCCUCAUGUCACCGUGAGGCGUCAUUCAAAGAAAAGAAUAGGUUCAAAGCAGAAUACGAUGGAGUAGUCAUACAACAUUCUGGGCAAAAGUCCAAAUACUAUACGCAUCGUUCAGAAUGAACAGAUGUUGAAUGGCAGACCCUAAACGAGGACUUGAGAAUGCCCCCAAAGUAUGAGAGUACCUAGACCAAGGUGCGUUCGAUCUUUAUAGUGAGCAAAGUGUCGUUUCGAUAGGUUGCGCUUCCUUUUUUCUCUUUCACGCGCGUACUCUUUUAGUUUCUUAGGAAUCGUGUUACAUCACUUUAUUGAAUUGAGUGGAAUUGAAUUGAAUUGAAAUUGGGAAACGCAGGAAUGUUUCUAGAUACCUCUACUCUCUAUCUUAGUCUUAGCAAUGACAUACAUAUAAUAUGAUUUGAAAAAUGCAUGCCUUUAUA